UCGAAAGUUAAGAAGAAAAAAAACUAAAAAAAAAAUCAAAAUUUUACAACUCUGCAGAACAAGAUGAGAAUUAAUUUGAUAACCAGAUGAGAAUAGUCUUGGAGUUUUUUUUUCAAAACCGCAUUUCUCAACCAUAACUAUACUGCAUUCCAAUGGUAUCUUCUUGACUCCAUAAAAAUAAAGAUUUUAUGAUUUUAGUUCUGUGAAAAUAAGAAACAUAUUUAAGGACGUCACAGUACAUUGGAAAUGGCAGAAUCAGAUUGACCAGUAUUUACUGCCUGUUUUACUUAAAGAGAGAUAAUGUUUAAAUUCUUUUUACUUGGGCUAGCUGCAAUCCAAAUAACGUUCGUUGGGACAGCUUUAUAUACUCCAGAUGAAGAAAUACCUGAUGGAAGUAUAACAAAAUAUUUUAAAGGGAAAACUGAAAUAAGCUGCCUGUUGCAAUGCGAAAGAGAUGAGCAAUGCGACCGAGUCAUUUUUAAGUUGCAGAAUAAACAGAUGAGAAAUGGAGAGUGUUGGUUUGUGGAAACAAACACAGGUAGUAUACAGAAAUUGAAAAAAGAUAAAUCAAUUAAAAGCUAUAAAAAGAUAAUGCCUGAAUAUCCAGCACAACCUGUAUGUCAUUUUGGGGAUCUUGUUAUUACAAAUACAUCUAUAGAAUAUAAGUGCCAAUGCAAACGUGAGUGGACAUUGUUAAAACGUAAUGUCUGCUUUGGAACACAUCCCAACGAAUUCGGAACAUUUGAAAUACAAAACAACGCAGUUAUGACUGACAUAAAAUUGGUGUAUGUUGGCAGAGGUGGUGUAACAUGCAUAGCGAAUACUCCAUUGACCAAAUGGGGAUGCGAUCAUAAUCAACAAUUCGUCAUUGGAAAUAUCGGUGUAAUAAUUACAGAUAAUCAAAACACAAUACUUUAUCCAUCCAUGGAAUAUCAUAUUUGGAGCGGUUUUUUUUCCGUACCGGGAUACAACGCCAACUCGCCCUACUUGAUUUUUAACGCCAAAAAUCACACUGUUAAAAAAGGAGAAGAGUUGAGAUUACAUUAUGCUGAAACUUUAUUCGGAUACCAUGAAAACAACAACGGUACAUCAUGUGCGGAUAUUUACGCGAAGUUGUGUGAUGCAUAAAUGAACUGCUGAUUUUAUUUUGUUUUAACGUCCUUGGGGAUGCCAUCCUAACGGUUGGCUUUUCCUCCCCUCUGACUGUAACUAUGAUAUAUUACCGCCAGAGAACCGUA